AUGAGGAAUGAGCAAAACAAUGAAAAACGGAAAAUGGAAAUGUGGGUCGCUGAAUUAGAUAAAUUUUCAUCUCAUUCAUCUCAUUUUGCUUUUUGCUAGGGAGUUCGCUAGCCGCAAGAAUGAAGAGGAUUUGAAACAACUUCAAGAAUAUUUUAAAAUGUACACCACACAGUGUCAAACAAACGGAACACGCUUUCAUUUGAAGUCGCUCCUAAAUGUUUGCGACGAUCAUUUCAAUAGUGUCGUUUCGAAUUCGAACGAAAUUGUGCGUCUAACCAAUUGGCUGUCCAAUAAUAUUUUCCGAGAGUUCAGAAUAUAUGUAUAACAUCUUGGGCACCCCUAGAGGAUUUAUUGAUGGAACAGUGGCAGAGUUCAAUGAACAAAUUCAACGAUAGUGUUGAAGAAUUUCACAACAACCUUAUGGAUUGUCAACAGCAUCAAGACGAGACUCAUGAGAAGUUGAUUGUAAAUUUAAAAUGUGUUCUAGCUGCCGGAAAACGCAUAGUUUCAGAGACUUUUGGAAGACUUUCAGAGAACGCUGAGCGGACUUCCAAGCUUAGCAGAACACAAUUACAAUUUGACAAGGAAAAGAGAUGUGGGUUAGUAAUAAGAAUGUCUCAAUGAAAAUAACCGAACAUUGUAGACAUCUACACUUCUAAUCCAUGUGAAGAGCAUGGAAACGUUCAAAAAGGAUGCUAUGGAUAUUGUUAA